AUGACAGAAGUUUCAGGAAAGUCAAGAAAACAUUACAGCAGAGGAGAGCCAUAUUUCUGUGAACAGUUCAACACCUGUUACACGCAUAAAUUUACUGCUAAAACCGCUUCUGGAAAAGAAGAACGAAUACUUCCAGAAGGGCGUCAUGAAGUACCCUUCUCAUAUACUUUGUCAAAAUCUCUACCAUCGUCUUUUGAGGGUGAAUUUGGAUACAUUAGAUAUACAUGUAAGGCUAUAUGCGAAAGACCAUGGGACUUUGAUAUUGUGAGCAAAAGAGCUUUUACCGUCAUAGGAAUUGAAGAUAUCAACGAAGAUCCCAAGCUUCUGCAACCUUGUACAGUUUCUGUUUCCAAUUCCCCAGUCAGAUUUUGCUGCCUAAAGGAGGGAUCCGUAUCUGCUGAGCUGUCGUUGAACAGAACUGGUUUUACGCCUGGAGAAUUUUUUUUGGUGAAUGCAAAGAUCAAAAAUGAUAGCCAGAAAACAUUGAGAAGUUCUUGUCUGCGGCUGAAACAAAAUGUCACUUACAGGGCUAAAACUUUCGCGGGUUACGAGAAUGUAAAAUUAUCCAGCAAAACAGUUGUAAAGGCUGAACGAGGUGAAAUCGCUCCACAUUCGAGUUAUUCUUGGAACAACGAAAAAAUUGUGAUACCCUCAAUACCGCCGCGAUUAUCGUCGUGUAAAAUAAUUGAGAUUGCAUAUACACUGGAAUUAGACGUAGAUGAUGUUGUAACAGCUGUAAUUCCGAUUCACAUAGGCACAAUUCCAUUUCUUUCCGAUGUGCUCGCCCGGUUACGUAACAACAGAUCGGAUGCAGAUAAUGGUACAGAUGUAGAACCUGAUCACGAAGCACCUGUCCAGGUGACUGUGACAGAUGCUGCUGGUCAUGUCAUGAACGACAGCAAUAUGGAUCGAUUGAGUCCAGAAGCAGAAGCUAACUAUGCGAAAAGGAAAAGAGUACGAAUACCUAGUUCAAUUCUUAGUGAACUGUAUCCAUCGUUACCGAGCCCUUAUUACAAAGAAUCUCAUUUUGGUAAGGUUGACAUACUGGACGAUCGAGAAAAUGUUCAGUACGGCGAGAAGAAUUUUGCUCCGAAAUAUCCCUUCUAUACAGACUAA